AUGCAAGUCGACUUGGUGUCAAGCAGCAAAAGCAAAGAUGGCAAAGAGGUCACCUUGGGAGAAAAGUCCUUUACCGCCAAAUAUUCGUAUGAAAGACAAGCGGUCUCGACAAGCUCUGCCCUGUCAUCUGCCCCAGUGGGGAGAACCAGACGUGGAUCAAUUUUCGUUUCUGCUCUGGCUUCGGAAUCUCAGGGCAAUUCCCCCACACCGGACUAUUUGGGCUCCACGAUUGUUCGAUCUGGUAGAACAACCAACAUAACUGCAGUGGCGGGCUUGGGGAGCACAGCGGAUCAGAGCGGGUCUGCUGGCAGUCCUGUAGAAGGUUUCAUUGUGACACCAUUUGCGCAAGUGCUUGUAAGUAUGCAACGAAUUCGCAACGCGUUCGUCCGCCUGACGUCUGCCCAAAGUUCACAUCGAUUCGCAGUGGCCUCACCGACAGUUCCCGAACCGAUUACAGCGGAGCAACUAACCCCUGAAUCCACAGAUUACAAAACCAUCGCCAAUGAAACACUGGAUGAACUGGAGUGGUGCUUGAAACAGUUAGAAAAUAUUCAGACCAAGCGACCAGUUUCCGACAUGGCUUUCUCCAAGUUUAAAAGGUUACUGAAUAAGGAACUGAACAGUUUUACAGAGUCGGACAAGUCCAGGCACGAGAUUUCGGCCUACAUCUGUGGAACUUUUUUGGAGGAUGAGAAAGAUGCUGAAGUCAAUCAAGAAAUAGAACAAAUGCUCGAACGAAGACGCAGUAGUGGGCAAUCGCAUUCUUCUGCUGGUAAUCAGGAGCAGCCAUUGGGUUCCUCUACACCCAAACAGCGACAUCCAGUUUUAAGUGACAUAGGCACUACCAUUAGUCCAAAGAUUUCCGACUCCUCCAGUACCCCAAGCGGUAAGGUGGAGCAAUCAAUGGUCACUCACCAAGACAGAAAGCCUUCAGAAGUCUCCAGUGAAAGCGAUCGGGUCGACGGAAGAAAGGCUAGCGAAAUUGCUGAAUUGGACAAAAAGGAGGCCAGAAUGCCAGUGAAUGGGAUUAUCACUCCAAAUGACAAGGAGUUAGACGAGCGGUUCACACAAACUUUGGAUACGUGGGGAGCGGAUAUUUUUGAAAUCGAUCGACUUUCAAAUGGUCACGCCCUUACCACAACGGCUUAUCGUAUUUUUCAGAAACGCGAUUUAAUGCACAUAUUUUCGAUCGAUGCCGCCACUUUGGUGCGAUAUCUGUUGAAAGUGGAAUCCAACUAUCACUCAGAUGUACCGUACCAUAAUUCACUGCAUGCGGCAGACGUAACACAAACUUCGCAUUUUCUGCUUCAAGCUGAGACUUUGGAGGAUGUUUUUAGCGAUCUCGAAAUACUGGCCGUUAUUUUUGCUUCCGUCGUUCAUGAUGUGGACCAUCCUGGACUUACAAACCAAUUUUUAGUCAAUUCAGGUCAUGAUUUGGCUCUACAAUAUAAUGACGCCUCCGUGCUGGAAAACCAUCACUUGUAUGUAGCGUUUAAACUCCUCAAUGAACCAGACUGCGAUGUAUUUGCGCAGUUGUCCGCAAAGAAGAGGCAGACACUUCGACGGAUGGUCAUUGAACUGGUUCUUGCCACGGACAUGUCCAAGCACAUGAGCUUGUUGGCGGACUUGCGAACCAUGGUGGAGGCUAAAAAGGUAUCCGGUUCCGGUGUGCUCAAUCUGGACAACUACUCAGACAGGCUUCAGAUUUUGCAAAAUAUGAUUCACUGUGCUGAUUUGAGCAAUCCGGCCAAACCACUAAGGUUAAAUCGAAAAUGGACUGGAAGGUUAAUGGAAGAAUUCUUCCGACAAGGAGACACAGAGCGAAAAAUGAAGUUGGAAAUCAGUCCAAUGUGCGACCGCGAAUCCGUCGCUAUAGAGAAAUCUCAGGUCAGCUUCAUAGAUUUUGUGGCUCAUCCACUGCUAGAAUCUUGGUGCGACCUUGUCCAUCCCUCCGCGCAAGUAAUCCUGGAUAUACUUGCGGACAAUCGCGAUUGGUACGAAAGCCAAGCAGAGGGCCAGAAAACGUCGGGUGCAAGCAAGGGUAGACCAAAAUUGGCUACUGCAGAAGAGGAUGAGGAGGAAGCCGCCGCUAGCUAG